AGCCAAGAUAAGAGAAUUUCAGAAACUGGGUAGAUAUUAGAUAGUUGUUCCUAUAGCUAAAAAACGCAGGACAAGGCCCUUCUUGAAAUGGAGUUUGCAGUGCCCACUUUAUCAUUUGCCUCCUUUACUUCAACAAUUAGGAUGCCCAAGCCUGGAGUUCAUAAUAUACUGAAUCCCAUUGCGCAGUCUUCAGUUGAUAUUAAAUUACAAAAACAAAAGAGAAAAACAUGCUUAGUAUCUUCUGCUCUACCAGAAACAGCUGCUUCUGUGGCAAUUGCUGCCACAGUUGUGGGUGCAGCAGCUACACUUCUUGUGAGAAGAACCAAAGCUUCUAAGACAAAUGAGAUUCAAUUGAAAACAUGUGAAGAUUGUGGUGGUUCUGGUAUAUGUUCUGAAUGUAAUGGUGAGGGAUUUAUGCUUAAGAAACUGUCGGAAGAAAGUGCUGAGAGAGCAAGGUUGAAUGCAAAGAAUAUGGCCACAAGAUAUACAGCAGGGCUUCCAAAAAAGUGGAGUUACUGUACAAAGUGCUCUUCUGCUAGAUCUUGUAGUACUUGUGGUGGCCGGGGAAAGUUAAGCUACUAGUUUUGCUCUAAUAAUGUUCUUGCCUCUAAUUGAGAUUGGCUCUCUACGCUGCUCGGUUCAAAAUUAUGGAAAGGUAGAGUGAGCUUGCUAUUGAUGGUUGAAACUGGAAAUUUUCUUGUCGAGUUCAUUAGAUGAUUAAUAUAUAUAGUUUUAUUAAAUUUUACAUUUCAUCACAAUGUUGCAAAGUUUUAUCUAUCAUGUAAUGAGCAAAGAAAUAUAUUUUUUGACAUUGUAUUUUGCAUUUGCAAAGAUCAUAUGUAUGAAUUUUUUGGCUUUUA